UACAAGAAGAAAACCCUCCGCUACUAGCGCUGGUUAGCGAGUUUGUUGACUUUUGUGUCUCCUUGUUUCUCCUCGAAGUCAGCGCGGUUACGAAGGAAAAUGGACAAUAGCGGGAAAGAAAAGGAGGCCAUGGCUUUAAUGGCUGAGGCCGAAAAGAAAAUGAAAUCCUCUCAGUCGUUUUUCGGAGCGAUGUUUGGGGGUUCCUCGAAGAUGGAAGAGGCCUGUGACAUGUAUGUGAGGGCAGCCAACAUGUUCAAAAUGGCCAAAAAUUGGUGUGCUGCAGGAAAUGCAUUCUCCCAGGCUGCUCUCCUUCACCUCCAGAUGCAGAGCAAACAUGAUGCAGCAACUAACUUCAUAGAUGCUGGAAAUGCCUUCAAAAAAGCAGAUCCACAAGAGGCUAUAAACUGCUUAAACCGAGCUAUUGAAAUAUACACUGAUAUGGGUCGCUUCACCAUUGCAGCCAAACAUCACAUCACCAUUGCAGAAAUAUACGAGACAGAGCUGGUUGACAUCGACAAGGCCAUUGCUCAUUACGAACAGGCAGCAGAUUAUUACAAAGGUGAAGAAUCCACAAGUUCAGCGAACAAGUGCCUUCUGAAAGUAGCAACCUAUGCAGCUCAGCUGGAGCAGUAUCCAAAAGCGAUUGAGAUCUAUGAACAGGUUGGAACCCACGCAAUGGACAGUACACUCCUGAAAUACAGUGCCAAGGAUCACUUCUUCAAAGCGGCGCUCUGUCACUUCUGUGUGGACAUGCUGAAUGCAAAACUUGCUGUGCAGAAGUACGAAGAAAUGUUUCCAGCCUUUUCAGACGCUAGAGAAUGCAAGCUGUUGAAGAAACUUCUAGACGCCUGUGAGGAACAGAAUGUGGAUGCCUAUACUGAUUCGGUGAAGGAAUUUGACACCAUUUCACGGUUGGACCAGUGGCUCACAACCAUGCUCCUCCGCAUCAAGAAAACCAUACAGGAUGACGAGAGUGACCUUCGCUGACUUCCCCCCCUGCUCGGCCUCAAGCCCUACAAGCUCCCUUCUUUUUGCCUUGAGCCUUUCACCUCAAUUCUAGCAGCCGUCUUAACUCUUUUGACCAUUAGCCCCUUCACUUCUUCACAGAUAAUGUGUUUCUGUCCUGCUACCUGCAGUAUUUCUCCUCUCCCUUUUUAAUCCGCUCAAUUUCUGCUCCAAAUUAUGUUCUUCAACACUACUCUCCUGAGUGCACACAGUGUGUAAGUUGUAUGUUGUUAUGAUACAGGUAUUCGCCCCAACAUAAGUUAAAAUAUUUUUAUGGGAUGCAAUACGAAACAUACCAGCAUACUUGUAUAUAAAGUUUUUAUUUCAUUCAUUUUGUUUUGAGAUGGAUGAAAGGAUGCCUACUUACUAACACUUUGAUCUACAAAAUAUAUUUUUCAAAAUGUGCUUCAAAUAAAAUAGACAAACCAGAAUGCCAAUAAAUGCACUCCCAUUGGCUCUUGGUACUUCUGAGUGCUCAAGUGUACUGUAAGUAUACUGUUGGUCAUAUCAGGGUACUUCUAAUUAAGCAGCAUUUCAUCUCAGCCGCUGAGUUCCUCUCUUAAGCAGAGACGCUGAGUUGUUUUUGAUUAUUUCACAACAACAAAAAACCUCUUCCUUAUUCCAUGAUAUUCUCAGGACCUGAAGAGCUAGAUUUGGUUAUGAAAAUUGAAGUAUUUUGAAUUGAUUGCUUUCCCUCCCCCAUUUUUUUUUCUCCAUUUAAAGUGCUUUUAUUCUACAAACUAAGGUGAAAGAAUCCGAUGACCUUUUGUGUACUAGAAAACUAGAACCACCGGUUUCCUCUGCAUUGAAGUAGUUACUCAUUUCUGUUGUGGUUGUCUUCCAUGUUUUGUCUUUUCCUGUUAUAACUACCCAGGCUGAAAAAAAAAAGUACUUUUUUUUUAAAGCCUGCACGAGAUGCAAUACAUUAAAAGAAAAAGGAGCUUUACUUAUCCGAACACUGUGCUCUUGUUCCAACCUUAUGAUGUUGUCAAAAGUUGGUCUUCAAUAAUUUGUACAUUAGUGGUAUUUGCUGUAAUCGUUUCAAUAAAGCUGUCAAACACCACAGUU